AGGUGUCAGCAACUGAAUGACUGGUGCCCGUUCCUGUUCCCGCUGGAGACGCGGCAGAUGUUCUUCGCUUGCACCGCGUUUGGUACUUCCCGUACUAUUGUGUGGCUUCAGGCGCAACGAGAUCGUGCUUUGGAUAGACAAAGGGCGGGCAACACGGUGUCGCCGCGGCGCGCGGACAUCGAGGCGACGGAGUUCCGAACGGGCCGUCUGCGCCACGAGCGCGUGCGCAUCCCGCGACACCCCAACCUGCUGCGCUCCGCCAUGCAGGUGAUGCGCGUACACGCGUCCCGCAAGUCUGUGCUGGAGGUGGAGUUCGCGGGCGAGGAGGGCACGGGGCUGGGGCCCACGCUGGAGUUCUACGCGCUGGUGGCGGCCGAGCUGCAGCGCGCCGACCUCCACAUGUGGCUGCAGGACGACGUCGCCCCCGACACCUCCCCGGCACACUCCGCCCCGCCCUGCAACCUCUCCCUGCUCGACGAAAAGCCGCCGGGGUACUACGUGAUGCGGGCCGGUGGCUUGUUCCCCUCCACGCUUCCUCAAGAUUCUCCUUUCUGUGAUAAAGUUUGCAAAUAUUUUUGGUUCCUAGGAGUAUUUUUAGCUAAGGUGAGUCAAUAAUUUGUUCUAAAUUAU